AUGAGCUCCAUUUUUAUUGCUCUUCUCCUCUGCCUCCUUUCUUUUCUCUACCUGCGCAUUUUUGCAGAUGACCCAACACGCCCUUUUCAGAUAGUUGCCAAGGUUUUCUCUUCCCAUAAACACCAGACAUGGAACUUGAGGCCUCGUUUCCUUCCAAAGGCCACAAAAGCAGCUCUGUCCAGCAUUGCCGGGACGGGAGAGGGGCUCUGGCAACGGCUAUAUGCGAGGAUCUUCCAUGCACAAGAGCUAGCAGAAGUGGAAGAUGACGUGAAAUAUCAAGCUGGAGAGUCAUAUGGAGAUCCCGACGUCCUUGCCACGGGCCUUGUCAAAGAUCUCUCGGCUCUAGGACUCAAGGGCAAGAGAAAUGAUCUUCGUACUCUGAUCCAAUUGGUGAAGUCUAAGGGAAAGCCGAUCGAUGAUCGUCAAAUGCUUAUGGAAAAAGUCAUCGCCAUCGUUGCAAUGUUGCCGCGAACCUCCAAGUCCCGACAGAGGUUGACCGGCAUUCUGGUCGACCAGCUCUGGCAGAGCUUGGAGCACCCUCCGCUGUCGUACUUUGGAAAUAAGUAUCAAUAUCGCACUCCCGAUGGAAGCUACAACAACCCCUUAGAGCCUGACCUUGGCAAAGCAGGCAGUCCGUAUGCGAGAUCGGUGCCCCGCCUCAAGGCUUUGCACGGAGUGCAACCUGACCCUGGCCUUCUUUUUGAUCUCCUCAUGGCCCGUGAUGAAGGGACUUUCAGGGAAAACCCUGCAGGCAUCUCCUCGGUUCUGUUCUAUCAUGCGAGCAUCAUCAUCCAUGAUGUCUUUUGCACCAACCGACGCGACCCCAAUAUUUCGGAUACCUCAUCAUAUCUGGAUCUCGCACCUCUAUAUGGUUCCAGCUAUGAAGACCAGUUGAGGGUGCGCACUAUGGAACGCGGCAUGCUCAAGCCUGACACCUUCCACGAGAAGAGGCUGUUGGGCCAGCCUCCUGGUGUCAACGUGAUCCUUGUCAUGUACAAUCGUUUCCACAACUAUGUGGCCGAUGUUCUGCUGAAGAUUAACGAGAAUGGGCGCUUCACUCUACCGCCAACAACAUCCGAGGACGCAAAACGGAAGGCACUGGCCAAGCAAGACGAAGAUCUAUUCCAGGUGACUCGUCUCAUCGUGAACGGGCUUUACGUGAACAUCUCACUACACGACUACCUCCGUGGACUAACCAACACUCACCAUUCGGCGAGUGACUGGACUCUAGACCCUCGUGUGGCCGUGAGCCGAGCAUUUGACGCUGAUGGGGUUCCUCGAGGUGUGGGAAACCAGGUCUCGGCAGAGUUCAACCUUCUAUAUCGCUUCCAUUCGGUUAUCUCCCGGCGAGACGAACAGUGGACGAACGAGUUCUUGAAAAGCCUGUUCCCCGACCUCAAAAAACCGCUGGAGCAACUUACACCACAGGAGUUCAUGCAAGGUUUGAUAACUUACGAACGAAGCAUCGAGAAAGACCCCAGUAAGCGGGAAUUCGGUGGUCUGAAACGAAACCAAAAUGGUAGGUUCAAUGAUGUUGAACUGGUGCAGAUCCUGAAGGACAGCAUGGAAGAUCCAGCUGGUCUGUUUGGGGCUAGGAUGGUUCCCAAAGCACUCCGCAUGGUCGAAAUUGCUGGCAUUCUCACUGCACGCAAAUGGAAUCUCGCGUCCUUGAAUGAGAUGCGUGAUUUCUUCAAGCUGAAGCGGCAUUCGUCAUUUGAGGACAUCAACCCUGAUCCUAAAAUUGCCGAUCUGUUGCGGAAACUGUACGAUCACCCGGAUAUGGUCGAGAUGUAUCCUGGGAUCUUCUUGGAGGACGCCAAACCAGCCAUGGAUCCUGGUUGUGGUGGUUGCCCUCCUUACACUGUUGGGCGAGCAGUCUUCAGCGACGCGGUUACUCUCGUUCGAUCGGAUCGGUUCUUGACUUUGGAUUACACUGCGUCUAAUCUCACUAACUGGGGUAUUCGUGAGGUUCAACAAGACUACGAUAUAUUGGGGGGCUCGAUGUUCCAUAAAUUGAUCCAGCGCGCACUGCCCGGAUGGUUCCCAUACAACUCGCUCCACGCAACCCAGCCAAUGUUCACCCGUAAAAUGAACGAACAAAUUGCGAAAGAGAUUGGAACAAUCGAUAGGUACAGCCAAGAGGAUCCAAAACCGCCACCCCAUACGGUCAUGCUCGCGAAGUAUGAGACCAUCAUUGAGGUACUGAAGGACCAGGAUACAUUCCGCGUCCCGUGGGCCAGAUAUCUUAAUGACAUGCUACCGGGCAAGAGAUUCAAUGACUAUAUGCUAGGAGGCGAUGGUCCGGGUAAUACAGCCCAGAAGAAGCUCGUCAAGUCCGUUUUGUUCAGCCCGGAUCAAUUCAGCCAGUUGCUUUCGCAUACGACUGUUACGCUAGGUAAAGAAUUGCUAGAAUUGAACACUCUACAGCUGUCUAAGGACCUGAACCAGGUUGAUAUUAUUCGAGACGUCGCAAUUCCCCUCAAUGCAAGAUUAAUGGCAGACCUCUUCUGCCUGGACAUGAAGACCCCAGAGAACGAGUCCGGCAGCAUGAAUGCAGCAACAGUUUACAAACAUCUCAUGAAUGUCCGCACCUGGGGUUUCAACAACAACGACCCCGGAUUGAUGCUACAACGCAGAGAAUGGGCCUCUGAAAGUGCCGAGGCCCUUGUCAAGUCUACUCUCAAGGUUGUCAACGAGCAAGCUCAGCCACAGAAAACUCACAUCCUUGGAAGCUUGACUGGCCAUAAGCAGUCCGUCAGUACCCUACGCUGGUAUGGAAACAACGUAGCAAAGCAGAUGAUGGAGAUGGACAUGACUGCGGCUGAAACAGCGGAAGUGUGCUGGCUUACAGCAGUUGGGGGUGUUGGAGCGCCUGUUGGACUGAUCGCCGACGUCCUACAAUAUUACCUCCGACCGGAGAACAUCCACCACUGGAAAAAGAUCCAGAGUCUCGUCUCCCAACCCGAUAACAGUGGCUCUGUCGACAAGCUUCUCCGACAAUACGUACUCGAAGCGCAACGUCUAACCAGCAUGGAAUGCACCGUUCGCGUCUGCAGAGCCCACCGUACCAUCAACGAUCAGGAAUUCAAGCCAGGCGACGUCGUGAUCACUCUCCUCGGCCCAUCCUGCCGCGACCCAACCAGCAUCCCCGACGCAGAAAUAUUCAAGCUCGACCGGCCCUCAAACGCAUACAUCCACUUCGGAUACGGCGCGCACGAGUGCCUAGGCAAGGAAAUCGCAUUGACAUUCGCAGUCUCCAUGCUCCGCGUCCUAGCAGGGCUGAAGUAUCUACGACCAGCACCAGGCGAUAUGGGCAUGCUGAAGAGUAUCAUCGUCGAUGGGAGACGGGUCUAUCUCAAUGAUAGUUGGUCGUGGAUGACUCAGGAUCCGACAACAUGGAAACUCCACUUCUCAGGCUACGGCCAAGGCGCCUACGAAGGCCCGCCCCCGCCCCCAGCAGCAGCGAUACCAGCCUUCCCUACCGCAGACCAGAAUCCUGAUACUAGCGACGAGAGUGGAGUCGACGAUACAAUCUACUCAGCUGUACCUAGUACGCAUCAUCAUCACCAUGGGGGACCAGAAUAUACCAGACAGGAAAGCUACACCAUGACUGAUGGGGGUAUGGGCAUGACAACGCAGUAUUCGUUCGGACAGAGCCAUCAUAAUCAGUAUCAGUAUCAUGAGGUGACUAGGACGUCUUCGUCGUCGUUGCCUUCUAUGUUAGGGGAUGAUGAGAGUUAUGGGAGGUUUUCGGGGACGUUGAAUUGA